AUGAGUGGCUCGCGCGAGUCCGAUGGCGGCUGUCUUUCCGCUUUAUCUUCUUGCUUCAAGAGACGAGGUAAACCACGACCAGAUGUUUCCGAGUCUCUGAACCAAGCGAUUCCUUUGAUGUCACCUGGAACCAAAGUCAACGAGCUAUCAGCGUCACGUUCGGCUGACGAUGAGAUACCUUCCUUCACAACCCCCGAGAUCGAAUCUCCCGUUUCACCGCCAGCUGACUUACCUGCGCCGUUAUCUGCUGGCAUUGCAGACAAGCCGGAUUUCAUCGCCCCUACCUUGGAUGAAGUAUCAGUUACCACAGACGACGCUGCAACGAUACUUGAUUUGUGGAAAGAGGCAUACGAAAAGGUGGAUGUGAAAACUCGGAAUUGGAUCGACAGUCUUCCUCCUGCUGAUGUCAAAGAUCCCGCAACUGAGCUGGUGGAGUUGGUUCGCUCCUGCGAGAAGAUACACGAUGAAGAGUCGUUCAAGCUCAAGGUCGGCGAUCGCGAGAUUCUGUGGAGGGAUUACGCGAAAAGAGUUGUCUCUGUGGUCACCGCCAUUGGAGAUAUUGCCGUCAGCUUUACCCCUGCACCCUCUACAGCUGUGUGGUCAGCUGUCAAGGUGCUUUUGAAGGCCAACGUAUCCGAGCGCGAAGAUCUCGUGGCUAUCAUGGGAUGCACAGACAUUGUCCUCUGCCUGGUGAGGCGCGGUAAAGUGUAUGAGGAGGUCUACAUUGGAAACUCGCCUAGGCCGCCAUAUGAGGAAGAUUUGAAGAAGAAGCUUGUUGAAGUAUACGUAGCCUGCUUGGAGUUUCUUGCUUUCGUCGACCAAGAAAUGCAGCACGGAAAUUUGGGCCGAUUCUUAGACGCCCUCCUGGACCCCGGUCACGGCGAAAAGCGGGUGUCAGCUGUGAAAGCACUUGAGCAGGAACUUGAGUUUGCAGCUCGUGCUUGCGAGGUCAAAGCAGGUGAUGAGCAUCGAAAAUUGCUUGAAAGUCUUGAAGUACCGUUGAAGAAUGUCGACAAGAAUGUCACAGAUGUUCUUAGGAAGCUUGAAAAGCACGAAAGAGAAAUAGCCAUGGAAUACGUCAGUACUAUUCCGGUCGGAAUUCAUCACAACGAGAAGCACGAAAAAAGAACCGAGGGCACGUGCGAAUGGCUGGUCAGCCAUUCCAAAUUCCUUGAAUGGGAAGACUCAGAUUGCAAUUCGGUGCUUUGGUUGCAAGGUAACAUCGGUACCGGGAAAUCGUUCCUAUCUUCAAAAGUUGUUGAUCGUUAUUGGAUUCACGACAAAACCACCAGUCAAUUGCCCAGUCAGCACGACCGGGGUUUCGCCUUCUUCUACUGCAAUUACUCUGAUCCGACUAGGCAAAGCGUUCACUCUAUUCUACGAAGCUACAUUCGACAACUAGGCGAGGUGACCGGCCAUCCCGAGAGCGUUCAUGAGGCAUUAUACAAUCUAUACCGGAAGAAGGAACAAAUUCAGAGCGAUAUCACGGUCAACGAUUGCGAGACAGCGUUGAUUGAGAUGAUUAACAGUUAUCCUCGAACUGUUCUGGUACUCGACGCCUUGGAUGAGUGCAGGGAAGACACAAGACGGCAGCUUGUUGGGCUCUUCAAACGCCUGGUGGAGAAAAGCAAUCGCUUACUAAAAAUAUUCAUCGCCAGCCGUCUAGAAGCCGAUAUUGAAAAAAAUCUGGGGUCAUUUCAAGGGCCCAGAGCGAUGAUCCCAAUUCACACUUCAGAUAAUCAUGGCGACAUUGAAAAAUUUGUCAAUACGGAGGUGGAUAACUUCACCGGAGCCUGGGAGCCUGAAACCAAGCAGCGCGUCAAAGAAAGCCUCGUGGAGAAGAGCGACGGAAUGUUCAGAUGGACUUACCUGCAAUGGGAACAGCUCAAGGAGUUGCGCACCAAUAGCGAUGUAAAGCGGAGGCUUCAUGGAAAACUUCCUAAAACCCUGACAGCAGCCUACGAUGAAAUUUAUGGUCAAUACGAUCCUGAGAGUGUCGAGCGUCUCAUGCUGCAGCGAGCGGUGAGAUGGGUCAUGUGCGCCCGCAGGCCGUUCGACAGCUGCAUAUUGCUGUCAGCCAUGCGAGUGGAAAGCGAAAGGACGGAUGGAGACAAGGCUCUCGACAAGUCAGAUCUCACCGAGCGAAUUUUAGGGACUGUCUGCCGACACUUGGUCGUGAGGGACCCAGGUCUCGGGGACUGGAAGUUUCCGCAUGCAUCAGUUGCCGAAUACUUUGAAGCUAAGAACGAGUCGUGGGUCAAAGACGCACAAGCGGAGAUAACAAUUAUCUUGAUAAACUGCAUGAUAGACUGCUGCUCAGCCUAUUCCUCGGUCUGGCCACCCUCAGGUGUUUUCAAGAACGACAAAGACUUCGCUUUACACUUUUGGUUCAUGACAGAAAGGGAGGACCAGGACCAAACGUUGGAUCCUCGGCAUCCGCUUCAAGAGUACACCCAACAGAACUGGCUCACACACAUCCGCGACCUUUCAGAAAAAGAUGACAGGAUUGGAGACGUGGCCCGCGCUCUGAAACGAUUCUUGGGUGAAGAAGGUCCUCAGCAGUCUUCGAGGGAGUAUCAGGUAUUUUGCACACACAUCUUGGCGCAUGCCCGGUGGGACUUCUUCGGGAGGGAAUACACUUUCGACAUGCGGUUCCAUAUCAAGCCAAGUACCAACUUUGUCUUCGGGGUUGUUGCAAUGGGUCUUCAUCGAUUGCUGCCUGAGUGGUGGAACAGAGACCUCGACCUUUCCUCGUCGGUGAAUGGUGAGGGUUCAGGCCUUCUGCAAAUUGCCACUCGUUAUGGCCACUACGACCUCUGCGAAUUCCUAAUUAACCAGGGAUGCGACAUUAACGGGUUCGAUGAACACGAAAAAGAUGGCCCCCCAUUGUGGAUAUCAGUGGACCAGCAAAAUAUUGAUAUCAUGAAAAUGCUCCUGAAGAAGGGCGCAAACAUGGACUGCGUUGUGAAAGGCCGCACUCUCCUUUGUCUGGCAGCGGAGAGGAGCCCUGAAUGCUGUGCUAUUCUACUGGAAAUGGGCCUGAAUCCCAACAUGAAGUGUGGUGGCGAGUCUAUCACUUCUUGCAUGUUCGGUUGUGCCCUAUCGAGUGCUGCUUAUCACGGUAAGCUCGUCACAAUGAAGGUCCUGGUUGGCAAGCGAGCAGACGUCAAUCUGGAGGUUCUCAUAGAUCCGUUUGGUAGCCCACUGGCUGCUGCCAUAUCCGGAGGAGAGCUUGACUGUGCUCGCUUUCUUCUAGAGAAGGGUGCAGAUGCCAACGCUGACCUGAGAUGUGGAGAUUUUGGUAGUCCUUUGAUUGCUGCUGCAUACAGCGGAGACCUCGACUGUGUUCGCCUUCUUCUAGAGCAUAAAGCAGACGUCAAUGCCAACUCGGAAGUUGGUCUAUUUGGCAGCCCCUUGGCAGCUGCUGCAUCGAUGGGAAUGGUGGACUGUGCUCGCCUCCUGGUUGAACAUGGCGCUGAUGUCAAUGCAUACUUGGAGUUUGGCGAAUAUGGCAGUAUCCUGGCUGCUGCGAUUUUCAGUACUGUCCCGUCUCUUGAUAUGAUCAAGUUUCUUGUUGAAGAAGGGGGGGCAGAUUUAGCUCAGCUGGCCUUCACGCGGCCCAGGAGAGCGGAAAGAGGAACGGAGAUAAUUAGAAGAGAGGCAGAUGGAAGGAUAUACCGAAAAGUUUGGCAUCUAUUUAGUUACGAGCUUCGAACGGAGGAAAUGCGGAUGGCAGCGUAUCUUACACAGGAGCUCCAGAUGGAGGCGCAAGUGUUGAUCAGCCUCGGUGUUCCCUCAGGGGAUUUGCCACCGGAUACUAUGGCCGACAGUGACUACGAAGAGUUGGAUCAACAUGAUGUAGAGUCUGGGUAUUGUUGA